UUGGAUAGAAACGUCAGUUUGACAGUUGACAAUUAUAUCCAAUGUUUAGACUUUGACCCGUAGAUUAUUGCAAUUUUUCUAUUAAAUAAGCCAUAAAAAAUUGCGUAAUGGCAUAAUUAUUAAAAUAUAUACUUAAUAUUAUUACCCAGUGUAGAUUUUGUGUAAAUAAAAUCAUGUAUAAUCCCGCAGUAACAGUUCGAAGGAUUGAUGUUUUGAUUCGUAUUUUGGGGCAUCGUAAAGCUAUAUUAGCCGCAAAUCCAGUGAGAAGUUAUUCUAGCGAAGAUAAAGUGACUAUAGGAGAUGUCAGCAAGGAGAUCAAGAACCCCAAAAAAGUUGAAUAUGUGCCUCGGAAGUAUCUAACAAUUGAAGAUACAGAAAUAAAAUCACUCUCACAGAGUACUCUAAGAAAUCUAAGAUGGAUGAUGCAAAAGGAUUUACUUGGGCAAGACAUGUUCUUAUUAGGCAGGCCGGGACCAAGCAGGAGGAAAGUAGCCCUUCAAUACUUAGAGCUGACACAAAGAGAAUUAGAAUAUGUGGCUCUCUCCCGUGACACAACAGAAGCUGACCUCAAGCAGAGGAGAGAGAUCCAGAGCUCCACUGCCAAGUAUUUUGACCAGAGUGCCGUCCGCGCAGCAGUGGAAGGUCGCGUGCUCGUUCUAGAAGGAAUAGAAAAGGCAGAGCGUAAUGUGUUGCCAGUGUUAAAUAAUUUGCUUGAAAACAGGGAGAUGCACUUAGAAGACGGAAGGUUUUUGGUGCCUGCUUCUAGAUACGAUAAACUGUUGGAGGAACACGGUGCCGAAGAAGUAUCAAAAUGGCGUCUUGUCCGUGUGGAUGAGAACUUCCGCGUGAUCGCACUAGGUUUGCCCGUACCUAGGUACAGCGGGCAGCCACUCGAUCCACCGCUGAGAUCUCGGUUCCAAGCUAGAGAUGUUGCUACUAUUGGAUUCUCGGAACACCUCAGCGUAUUAAAAGACGAGGCUCCUCGCGUGGACAGCGUGAAGCUGGAACAGGUGCUGUCUGCUGCGUACGCGCUGAUCAGCCCUGAGCUGCAGCAGGUCAGCCUGCCUGACUUCCCUGUGGACAGCUUGCAGGCGGCCGCUCUUAUACUGGAACGAAACCCAAACAUCCCAAUACACAAGCUGAUCUACCUCCUAUACCCCUACCAUUCGUUCCUCACCAGAGAACAUGUAAAGAACGUAGAAGCGGUACUACACAACUUGAGCGUAAACACAAGACCUAAAUGGAACAUAUCACUCCAAGGAGUUGACAUCAAAGGAAACCAUGCCUUAGUGGCUAUGGAAAUAAACGGCGCUAAGUCUGAGUUUAGCGUGCCGUAUGGUGGGAGGAAGCAGGGAGUCGAAGAUAGAAGGGUGGUGAAGACUGCGUACCAAAGUGAACUGUUGAAUGAAUUGUUGCUGAGUCAUAGUGUUGGCGAUUUUUGUAUAAUAGGUCCAAAAGGCUGUGGCAAGAGCCUCCUGGUUUCUCAACUAUCGUCCUUAUUAGGCUACACAAUAGAGCCUAUAGUUCUAUACCAGGACAUGACAGCCAGAGACCUGGUACAGCAAAGAACUACAUUGGACAAUGGGGAUACCGUGUGGAGGAACUCGGCGUUAGUCGAAGCGGCGCUGAAAGGCCAUAUGGCGGUGUUAGACGGAUUGCAUAGGAUACAUGCUAGUACGCUUGCUGUUUUGCAUAGGCUAGUUCACGACAGGGAACUACAAUUGCACGACGGCACGCGACUGUUGCGACACGACCGAUACGACGAGCUGCUCAAGUCAGGCAUCACUGAAGCACAGCUACAGGAGAAUGGAGUUAGGAAGAUACAUCCUGCUUUCAGGAUAGUAGCGUUAGCGGAACCACCGGUACUAGGCCGGGGCCAGCAAUGGCUUUCGCCAGAAAUACUCAGCCUGUUCAUAUUCCACGAGAUGAGGAACUUGAGCAAGACUGAAGAAAUAUUCAUCAUCAAUAGUUUGUUCGGUGACAUAUCCCAACCACUUCACUCAAUAAUCAACCUAGCAGAUGAGCUCAGAAGAUCAGAAGACAGCACUUUGAAGAACCUUUCAUCGUCUCUAUCCACACGCCAACUCUUAAGGAUAGCUAGCAGAAUGUCCAAGUAUCCUACUGACUCAGCUUACGAGACCGUUCAACAAACAUUCUUGGCUAAGUUCCUACCUAAUUUAGCUAGACGAGCUCUAGAUGGCGCUAGUCAAAAACUAGGUAUAGACCCUCCAAGAAGGGUAGGCAUCUUCGGAAACAAUCCCUCAGAAACCAAAGUCAAAUGUUCCGUAAAAAACAACGUUCUAACUAUCGGCAAUACAAGCACAGAGAUAUUCAAAACCGAAGCUUUGACUAAAGUCCCGGAUAUUUUGUUCUAUGAUGUACCACAACAUAUGCGGUUGUUAGAAUGGUUACUGCAAGACUUUUUGCUUGGCAACCACUUAUUACUAGUCGGCAACCAGGGUGUAGGAAAGAAUAAGAUUGCUGACAGACUUUUACAACUAUUAAACCGUCCUAGAGAAUACAUACAGUUGCAUAGAGACACAACAGUCCAAUCUUUGACCGUGCAACCGACUGUAAAAGAUGGAGUAGUGGUUUAUGAAGAUUCUCCUUUAGUUAAAGCCGUGAAAUAUGGUCAUGUUUUAGUGGUAGAUGAGGCUGAUAAAGCCCCAACUCACGUGACUUGUAUCUUGAAGACUUUGGUGGAAAAUGGAGAAAUGAUCCUCAGUGAUGGUCGAAGAAUAGUUCCUAAGCAUAUGUUGGAAAGUUCCGGGGGUGAUGUGUCGAGUUUUAUACCGGUACAUGAUGAUUUUAGGAUGAUUGUGCUGGCUAAUAGACCGGGUUUCCCGUUCUUGGGGAAUGACUUCUUCGCGUCUUUGGGUGACUUAUUCUCCUGUCACGCCGUCGACAAUCCUUCAGUGGAGUCAGAAAUGGAACUUCUUCGUUCAUACGGGCCCGAUGUUCCUCAUGACGUCAUGAAGAAACUGGUGCAAGCGUUCGCGAUAUUGAGGGAUAAGGCCGAUCAGGGACAACUGACGUAUCCCUACUCGACCAGGGAGCUGGUUAAUAUUGUUAAACAUUUGCAGAAAUAUCCCACAGAAGACUUAGCAACGGCAAUCGGCAACGUUUUCGACUUCGAUCGCUACAGCAAAGAUAUGGCGGACACGUUACUGGAAGUUCUUCACGCGAGCGGACUGCCCGUCGAGGGCGUACUGGAGGGACGGUCCAAAGAGGCGCUUAAGAAGAUACAGAUGACUAUCGAUAGGCAUAGCGGAUUAGGCACAACAGCACCCAAGCACGGCAAAGAGGAUCCGAACAACGAUCCUCACGUGGGUGGUAAUACUUGGGCGGGCGGUACCGGCGGGCGAGACACUGCUGGUCUGGGCGGGAAGGGCGGGCCUUAUAGGCUUGAUAAGGGACAUGAUGUUCAUCAGCUUUCAGACGCUGAAAAGGAUGACGUACCGGAGCACGUGAAGAAAGCGGCGCGGGAGAUGAACCGCAAAGCUUUCGAGGAACGACUCAAGGAGAUCAACAUGAGCGAGUUCGAUGCUAAACUGUAUGGACAGUUCUAUAGGGCGGUGCAGCCACAGAUAGGAGCACUGCGCGGUGUAUUAGCCGAACUGCAAGCGAAGAAGAAGGAACGCCACUGGAGCAGACAUCAGACUAGCGGGGAACUAGAUGACGGCAAGAUUAUUGAAGGUUUAGCCGGCGAGCGCUCAAUAUACCGUCGCAGAACGGACCAGGAGCCACCGCCGGGAGCUCCGCCAGAAAAGCCUAAAAGACUCAGAUUGGUGGUAGACGUCUCUGGCAGUAUGUACAGGUUCAAUUCCUACGACGGUCGUCUAGAACGUUCGAUGGAAGCCGUGGUGCUACUGACAGAGGCACUGAAAGGCUACGAGGCUCGCAUCCGAUACGACAUGCUCGGCCACUCGGGGGAGGAACACGCGCUAGAGCUCGUCAGGGUCGACCGACCCCCAGACAAUGAGAAGGAGAGAUUAAAGAUAAUCCGGCUGAUGCAUGCUCACGCGCAGUUCUGCUGGUCGGGCGACAACACUCUCCCGGCGGCUCAACAUGCCAUCGCUACUGUAGCAGCCGAGGACGCGGACGAGGCUAUAGUGCUUAUACUGUCCGAUGCUAAUUUGAGACGAUACGGUAUUCAACCAGAGGAUUUAGGCACGAUACUGACAUCGGACCACAGAGUGCAGGCGCACGUUAUAUUUAUCGGCAGCUUGGGAGACGAAGCUAAUGCACUCCUGCGUCGGCUGCCGGCGGGUCACGCGCACGUGUGCAUGGACGUGGCCGCGUUACCGCAGAUUAUGCAGCAGAUCUUCGCAUCAUCACUCUUACAAUCCUCUUGAUUGUAGUACUAAAUAUAUAUAUAUAGAUUAUAACUGGAAGAGUUAGUUGAGUUAAGAGUUAACUAACUGCGCAGUUGAGUGUGCAGUGUGCUAAGGAAACAAAAUUGAAGAAUGCAGUAAUACUUACCAACUUACUGCAGACGUUACAAUGUGUUAAGUAAAAGCCUAUGACGCAUUCAACAACUGUAAACCUCGCAAAUAUAAGCAACUAAAUAUUUGAUUAUUAUUUUAGUUCAUUCUUAUUUCACAAAUCACUGACGCCAGAAUAAACUGUACGGGUCCGUGUUAUAGUACAAUUUGUAUAAAUAUAGAUAUUUUUAUAUGUAAUGUAAAUUGUACAUCUAGUAUUAGUAUAAAUAGGUAAGAUUAAAUAAGAAUAAAUAAUUGUUAUGCAGGUGACAGCUAUAUUUAUUUAUUUUUCUUAAUUUAUUGACUAAUAAAAAUAGUAAUUUGUAUGUAUCAUACAUUCCUUUUUCAUUCUAUAUAGCUACUUUUACUUUCAUGGUUACGAUGUUUGAUACUGAUAAUCCUUUGUAUGUUGUAAGAAGUCUUAUGGCCGGACCCAAUUAUUCUAUUCAUAUGCUAUUUUGCAUACUAGAUAUAGGAAUUUAACAUAAACUGUAUGGGGUUAAUAUUGGGAACGGCCCUAAGUAACUCUUUUCUUAGUAAUAGAUAGUUGUGAGACUAAUAUAUCGUGCAAUACAAAUCAGCCAAAACACUUUCAUACCAAAAUAAGACGAUGAAAUAAACCAAAGCUGGUUCUUAUUUUUUAUCAUUAUUUUGUGUUUAUUUAUUAUGUUGUAUUAUGAAAUGUCACAAAUAAUUAUUUGAAAAUAAAAUGAUCUAUUUUACUGUAAAGUUUGAUAUAAUAAUAUAUCAAUAAAGACAGAUUUUGCGAAA